CGGCAUGAGGAGAUGUCUCGAAUGUUGACUGGCAUUGCUGAUGGAACAGAUGGAACCUUAAGGAGGCGUGCUAAGCCUCCCAGCGAUACGAAUGCUAACAAAGAUCCCAAUGAUCCGGCCAACGAUUCUCCUGAAGACGAGAUCCUCAACGGGCUUGUCAAGGCAGCCACCUUGCAGUCCGAAACACGCGACCACCGACGAAAGGCCCGACAGUUCAAUCGCAAGUCAUUACGUCGUACGAGGACGUUGAAGCUGGUCGACGGUCAGCUGGAGACGAACUACUGA